AUGCCUGACGAGAGUGAAUGCCUCAAGAAAGAAGAGGAAAGAUUUAAAUCUCCGGAUCCAGCCCCAACAUUGGAUGAAGAAGUAGACAUCGCAACACUUCCCUCGAUGCUUGAAGACGAUCCAAAUGGGAAUGUUGUCGAGUGUGAUUUGGGUUUUAAAGGACCUCGAUGGGGCCCACAACAUGCUGGUGCGAUGAAAUUAGCAUCAAUGUAUAGCAAAGAAAAACGACUACAAGAAGAAGUUUCCCUGAUCUUCGCCAUCUUCUUCUUCAUUACCGUAUUUGUCAAUUUACUCGUUAGUUGGGAAACGUCAAUUUGGAAGUCCGUGGUAUUCUAUGCAGUCCUCGGUGUGAUGACUGCUGAUUUCCUCUCUGGUCUUGUUCACUGGGGUGCUGAUACAUUCGGAAGUGUCGAAACGUGGUUCGGACGCUCAUUUAUUCGACCAUUCCGUGAACAUCACGUCGAUCCAACUGCAAUUACUCGACAUGAUUUUGUUGAAGUGAACGGAGAUAAUUUUAUGCUUUGUAUUGUACCACUUGGAUUGAUUUUAUAUCAACAACUAACUUAUGAGAGAGCUGAAUUGACUCAAUGGGCAUCGUUCCAUUGGUAUAUUCUCUUGUUGGGAAUCUAUGUGGCAUUGACUAAUCAGAUUCACAAGUGGUCUCACACCUACUUCGGACUUUCGAAAUGGGUCGUCUUCCUCCAAAAAGCUCACAUUAUUCUGCCAAGAAGUCACCACAAAAUUCACCACAUCUCCCCGCACGCUUGUUACUACUGUAUCACAACCGGAUGGCUCAAUUGGCCAUUGGAAUAUAUUGGCUUCUGGCGUAAACUCGAAUGGGUUGUGACGGCUGCCACAGGAAUGCAACCACGCGAAGACGAUCUGAAGUGGGCAACCAAAUUGAACUAG